AUGGAUAACGAAACGACAGCUAUCCUAAAUGACAUUUUCUUGGGAUACGAUAAACGAGUUCUUCCAUUCGUUCAAGGUCCCGUACUCGUAAAUAUGACAAUUGUUCUUGGAAUUCUAAUUGAGCUGAAAGAAAACCAACAACUGGCCGCCUAUGUGAUAUCUCACACUCAGCGAUGGUACGACAAUCGAUUGAUUUGGGAUCCGACGAAAUACAGGGGACAACGAGAAGUUAUUGUUCCACAGAAUAUGGUUUGGAUUCCAAAAUUAUUUGUUUACAAUAGUUUGGAAUCAAAGGACAUGUUGACGGAAAAUCGAGCAGAUGUUCGGCUAUACAGCAAUGGAAGAAUCAAAAUAAAUAUUCCACAAUAUGUGCAAGCAAUUUGUCGAAUUCAAACUCAAGCGUUCCCUUUUGAUUGUCAAUUCUGUGCAGUUGCUCUAGCAUCUCCACUUCUGAAUGUGGAAGAAAUGAUAGUGAAUGCGACACAACCUCCGAGGGAUUCUUAUUUUACGGGAAAUGCAGAGUGGUUUCUUUUCAAUGUAACAGUUCGACACAUGACGUUCGAAGAGGAAGGAGAGUCGAGAGUUGAGAUUCACUACAUCUUCCAUUUACAACGUCGUCCAAUCUACUACAUCACUGUGAUUGUUGCUCCAACAUUCCUGAUUUCCGCCCUAUCAAUCCUUGGUAUUUUCAGUCCAGGAUCUAAUGAUGGUCCAAGAAAUGAGAAGGUUUCUCUUGGAUUAGGAAGUCUUCUCGCAAUGACAGUUCUACUUGGAAUUGUGGCUGGAGCUAUGCCAAAAUCGAAUGAUAUUCCAUUAUUAGGAUAUUAUAUUCUUGUUGUUAUUGUACUUUGUGCAGUGGCUGUUGGCAUUUCAAUGGCUUUUUUGGCAGUUAGCAGACAUUACAUUCAUAAAGAACAAAUGCCAUCAAAACGUCUUCUCCGCUUCAUGUUUCUCAAUGAAUAUCGAAAAAGAAGAUCUACAGUAUUCCGAGGUGUCCACAAUUAUCGAUUCAGUCAGGAGUGUGAUGAUCUGAUGUACUCAAAAGUUCCUGAAAUUCAAUCGAUUUGUAUGAUGAUGGAAGAAAUUGCGGAUUCUCAUAGGAGUAUGAGAAGGAAAGCUGAUCAGAAAGCGAAUAAGAAACUGAUUGAAAGAGAAUGGGCUCGUGUAUUUGCUCGAUUCGAUUACUUUUUCCUGGUAGUUUUCGAGACUUUGAAUCUCUCUGCAUUGGCUGUAUUCCUUCGAGUCGCUUGGCUUCCAACUCCAGAAUUGAGAGAACAAAUAUUAUAA